GAAAGAAUAAUUGUGUUGGGGGCCCAAUUUGGUCAUUUCAAAUUUCGAAUUUCAAAAUAUAUUUGUUUCAAAUUUUGGUCCCUCUAUUCACAAUUUGGGCAUUUCUGUGUUUACAAACCUCUUCGCUUCUCUCAUUAACCACAAUCUUCUCUCUCGCCGAACACAUGGAUGGGCAUGAUGCAGAUAGUACAAAACAAAGCACUGCUGAUAUGACUGUAUUUGUACAGAAUCUUCUUCAGCAAAUGCAAACCAGGUUUCAGACUAUGUCUGAAUCAAUCAUCUCAAAAAUAGAUGAGAUGGGGAACCGGAUCGAUGAAUUGGAGCAGAGCAUCAACGAUUUGAGAGUUGAAAUGGGCCAAGAAGGUUCUCCAUCCCCUUCGGCUGCACUGAAAUCAAAAGAUGAACCAAAGUCUACUGAUGAUUCUGCAUGAGACGAUACAUGAAGGUGGUUUAUUGGAGGCAGUUGGUGGUGUUUGUUAAAAUGUUUUAACUUUUUGAGUGUUAUCCUUUUUUGGCUGCUGCCUUGUGAGAUUUAUGACUGAUAGCUGUAUUCUAUACAUGGAUUCUCUUAUUCUUGAAAGAGAGAGACGUGUGCUAUUGGUCAUUGAUGUGAUUAUCAACAUAUACUUUAACA